UAAAAAAAAACUGGCCAACCGGGAAAUCGCUCAGUGCAUGCGGCGUGAUGAUGGAAUCGUGCUCCAACUCCUACUCGGCCGGAAGUUUCUACGUCAUUGUUGAGCCCUCUGUAGUGGACGAUCGUCAACUUCGGUUGCCAGACAAAUUUGUCCAGGAACAUGGAGAUGAACUCCUUGAUACCGUCAAGAUUAUUGUUCCCACUGAUGAUUUCUGGUCUGUGGGCGUGAAGAAGGCUGGUAAAAUGAUUUGGCUUCAUGAUGGUUGGCAAGAGUUUAUGGAACAUCAUUCUGUCAACUGUUGGUACUUUUUACUGUUCAAAUAUGGACAGACCUCAUGUUUCAAUGUCCACAUAUUUGACCUAGCCGCAACUGAGAUUGAUUAUCAACUUAGGAGUCAUGGUAAUGCUAAAUCACGUGACGUUGCUCAGGAUCUUUCUCACGGAAAGGAUAAAAUUGUUGGUGAUAAGGGUGUCACGAGCUCCGUUGAAAUUGUGGAUCUUUUGGAAACUGAGCAGGGACCAGAGAGUUCAGCUAAGUCAUCUGAACUUUCACAUAGAGCCAAAAGACGUAAAAUUGCAUCUGGAAAGAUUAAGAUUUCGCGCUGCUAUGAAACAAGAAGCAGAACAAACAAAUUACAUGAUAACGGACAGCUAUUAAAUGCAAAGAAUUUGAACAUAUCGGGCAAUGGCAGUUUAACUAAGCCAGUAGGUGGAAAAUUAGUUCGGCGAAGUAUGAAAACUCCUAUACACUCUGCAGUGGCAACUGGAGAUACAAGGAAAUCGUUCACGAGUAAGCAACGGGAGAAAUCUGUAGGGCUUGGAAGGUAUGAUCGUCGCGAAAGAGCACAACAGAAAGCAUCAGAAAUGAGCAGGGCCAUUCAAACUGCCAAAAUGUUCAUUCCAGAAAAUCCUUACUUCUUGCAGAUUCUUGAAAAAUACAACAUAGUACGGAACUAUAUUCUGAAUUUACCAGUUGAGUUUGUCCGAAAGUAUAUGCCAAAGACUUCAGAACUAAUUGAACUUCAAGAUACUGAUGGAAAUAAGUGGAAUGUCCGUUGCAUUAGGAGGAAACAUCGGGUGCUUUUAAGCAAAGGAUGGUUGAACUUUGUUACAGAUAACAGUUUACUGGUAGGAGAUGUUUGCGUCUUUGAGUUGAUCAAGGACGCUCAGGCUGAUGAACUAAUGCUGAAGGUGCACAUGUUUUGCAAUAGGGUGGAAGAAAAUUCGAAAAAUUUACACACUGGUAGCCUAUCUGAACCAACCCUGUCUACCGGUAAAAACUGUAUACUUCAGUUCGAUGAAAGUAAGCAUACAGAGAGUUCAGAUGCAUUCGAACCAUUAUCUUCAGAUAGAACCAAUCACAAGACUGAUACAGAGAAUUCAUCCGGACAGCAACAGGAGAAAUCCGUAGUGCAUGGAAGCUCUGGUAAUCGUCGUAAAAGAGGACGACCAAGGGAUGCAGAAGCAAACACUGAUACAGAGAAUUCAUCCGGACAGCAACAGGAGAAAUCCGUAGUGUAUGGAAGCUCUGGUAAUCGUCGUAAAAGAGGACGACCAAGGGAUGCAGAAGCAAACAGGGCAACUACUGCUGCCAAAAUGUUUACGCCAGAAAAUCCUUACUUCAUGAUAACUCUUGGAGAAUAUCACGUGGUUCGGAACUAUAUUCUGAAUAUACCACCUGAAUUUGUCCGAGAUUAUAUGCCAAAGACUUCAGAACCAAUUAAACUUCAAAAUUCUGAUGGCAAUAAGUGGACUGCACAUUGCCUUAGGAGGAAAACUUAUAUGUUUUUAAGCAAAGGAUGGGUACAUUUUGUUAGGGAUAAUAGUUUAGUGUUAGGAGAUGCUUGUGUCUUUGAGUUGAUCAAGGGCAUUCAGGCUGAUGAACUUAUGCUGAAGGUGCAUAUAUUCCGCAAUAAGGUGGAACAAAAUUCAAUAAUUUGACGCACUUGUAGUGAUCUGAAUAAAUAUUGUCUAUCGGUAAAUGAGGGAGGU